UUACGAAAAAAAUCACGGAAGAGAUUCGGCAGCGGUUCGAGUCUGACAAGUUUUUUUUUUUUUUUUUUUUUUUUUUGAGGUAGGGAAGAAAAGGAAAAGAAAAAAAGAGGUUUUACUGCAGCUACUGCGAACUGUCAAUCCUCGCUGUCCCCAUUUUAGGAGAGAAAGCAAAGAUGGAGGCAGCAAUUAAAACCGUGGUGGGUGUCUACCUGAAGUCAUCUAAGGGCAAGGAAAACCUCGGAGGGAAGGAGUUCCAGAGCCUUGUGAAGAAUCAGCUGAAGAACAUUGUGACGGGCUCAGAGGACAAUGAGGCAGUUAAAAACAUGCGUCAACAGCUUGACAACAACCAGGAUGGGAAGGUCAGCUUCCAGGAGUAUAUGAAACUGAUUGGCUAUCUGGCGCAGGCUGUCAGCGAACAGCGUUGUUUGGAAAAAGAAACACAACCAGAGAGUUCAACCCAGGAGACGCAGGCUGAGGCGGCAGCCAAUGCACAGGCAGAGCCCAAGGCAGAGCCCAAGGCAGAGCCACAGGCAGCAAAGGAGGCGGAGAAAGAAGAAGAGCCAGUGGUCGAGAAGGCAGCGGCCGAAGAGCAGAAGCCAGAGGAAGAGAAAAAAACAGAUGUGGAACAGGAAGAAGCGAAAGUUGAUGAGAAUAAAGCUGAAGAGAAGAUCAAAACAGAGGAAGCGUCGUAGGAGCUCAAGGAAGUCGAGAUUGUCGCAUCUCAAAUGCUUCUGUGUUUGUUUUAUUCGUCAUUUUCAUUGUGAUAUUUUAAUACAUACAUUUGAAACCUGGCCAAUACACUACCAAUUUUAUUACUGCAAAGAGGUGUAGCCUUCUUAAUAAUACUAAUUUCUGAUUGUAUGCAAAUUCGUUCAUGCCUGUGAUUCGUUUUGUAAUAAUAGUGUGUGUGUGUCGACAGCCGCAAAUGUGACAAAUGGCCAAAGGGGUGCAAUAACUAAUCAUUAAGUCCUUUUGUUUGAGCCAGAUUUGUUGUAAGGGUACUGCAACCACUGUGUCCCCUCUCCAAUAUCUCCACAAAUCAUCCGUGAAUGAAGAACAGACAUCGGUUUCAUAGCAAAAAUGCUUAAAUUUAGGCAUUAUUAAAUAUCCAUUAUGUUUACUUUUUGUUUGUGCCACUUUCUAAUGACAGGGUUACUCAGUCGACUCCGGUGCUAGUCGUUAAUGUACUAUGUAUUUUCCAGUGUUGCAGAAGUGUAAAAAUAGCACUUUUUUUCACCUUGCUUUUAUUUGAUGAAAUGCCCUUCUGCAGGAAUUUAACAUGUUCCGUCACCAUUCAAAUGUGGGACUUGCGUUUGUGGCGCACAUGGGAACACUAUGCAACCCACGUACUUUAUUGUUCACAUUUCUGGGCCUUGUUUGCAUGAUAAUAAACAAAUUUGCUUUUGAAUAA